UAUUUUAUUCCUUCUUUUCCCACAUUGUCCUUCUGUCCUCAUCUCUCUCUCGGUCUCACCCAUCAACAGCAAGCACAUCACGUCGUCUCCACCAAGAGCCGCCACCGCCGCGGACACCACUGUAACAACCAGAACGGCGAGGCGAAGGAACCCAAGUAGGGCGAUAACAACAGUGAAACCACGGCCACGGCGGAACCACCACGAAGUACCAGAAAAUCCACCACCAACCGCGAAUCCACAACAAGCACCAUCGCGGCGAUGAACGACAACGAUUCUCCCUCUCUCAGAUCUGGAUAGAUUCGAACUAAACCAACAAGAAGUCACAACACAACAUCUCAGAUCUGUUGAUUGACCACCACCGUCGGCGAGCAGGAGCGGCCUGUUAGCGUCGCGGACGAGUUCGCGGUUGCGAAUGUUGGCAGUUGUGGUCGGUGCACCUUUAGAUCUGCAAAGGUGGUUGCGGAUGUUGACGCCGUUGCUAUGAUUUGGCCAGAAGAGACUAGGUCAUAUGAGGGAGAAGAAAGCAACGGAGAGAAGGGGUUUUCAAAUGGACAAAUUGGGAAAAGAAAGAAAAAAAAAAGAAUAAAAACAUAAAAGAAAAGAAAAUAAAUUUUUUAACAGUAAAUCUAGUUUAAUAUAUCUAACGGUCCAUAAAACUUUGACAUGGUGCCCAAGUUGUUUAACUUAGGUACCCUAACCAUCACCUUGUUGAAGUAUAGAGUAUUAUGGACCCUGGGAUGAAGCAGAAAAGAAAAUGAAGAAGAGAUGAAUCCCAUCAUAUGGUCCUGAUGAAUGGGCCUUUAUCGGGUACGAUGCACCCACCCGAAAGAAACGCGUCCCAUCCACUUAAAUAGAACGAGAGCGGCGCAGAUUCUGGCAUUGCUUCCAGAGUACACACCAUUCUCACACCGUAUAAAAGUGCAUACAUUCACACUCUCCGCACACCGCACCGCACCGCACAGCACAGCACAGCACGCAUCAAUCAAAUACACCGUAUAAAAUCCACUUAAUAAGUCUCAGUAACACUCAUUCACUCACCCUCAAUUCAUACCCUCUCCUUCUCGAUUCUUCUCGAACCGUCACCGUCGUGGCUAUGCCCACUAACGAAGACUUCCAAAGUGUUUCAAAUUGCUAUGUGUUCAAGAGCCGAUUGCAGGAGUAUGCGCAGAAGGCGGGGCUGCCCACGCCUGUCUAUGAAACUAUUAAGGAAGGGCCUUCCCAUGAACCUUCUUUCAGGUCAACAGUGAUAGUGAACGACGUUCGCUAUGAUUCUUUGCCUGGAUUUUUCAACCGCAAGGCGGCAGAGCAGUCGGCCGCAGAAGUUGCUUUGGUGGAGUUGGUCAAAUCUAAUGCAGUUAAUCAGUCCAUCACUCAACCUGUUCAUGAAACAGGAUUAUGCAAGAAUUUACUUCAGGAAUAUGCUCAGAAAAUGAACUAUGCAAUGCCAAUGUAUCAGUGCAAGAAGGAUGAAACACCAGGUCGAGCAUCAGUAUUUUCAUGUACGGUUGACAUUGGGGGGAUUCUAUAUAUUGGGGGAGCAGCAAAAACAAAGAAGGAAGCAGAGAUAAAAGCUGCUAGAACUGCUUUAUUAGCUAUCCAGUCAAGUGCAUCUCAUGCUUCCGAAAACCAGGUUGGCCAUCCACAGUUGACCGUCCUUCCAUGCAGAAAAAGGGCAACAAGUUCUGUUGCCAUAGCUGAUGAGAAUUCAAAUCCCCCAAAGCCUAAGAAAGCGCGGUUUAAAAGGAAGUCUUCCAAGAGGAAACCCUCUAGAGAUAAGAUGGGCCAAAUUCAUACUGAAAACUUGGGCAUUGGAGAAAUUAUCAAUCAUGAGGUAGAAACACAUGCAAGUGUUAAUGGUGAAUCUGGCCUCCUUGAAAAGAAAACCGAAACAUUCACUUCAGAAGCCACCAACAAUUUUGAAAAUGGAGUAUCAGUUAACUAUCAAGAGAAAGAAACAUUGGCUGGGGAAAGUUCUUUUGCUGUGAAUAGCCAGGAAGGGAUUUUUGAAAAUGGGAAGUCAACAGAAUUAUAUUCCAAGGAGAACAAUCUUGGGACUGUUGUUACAGAACUGUCUUCUGCGUCUAAUGGAGGCAUACCGGAACCAAGUGUGGAGGUGAACAAACAGCAAUGCAAUGGAGAAAUGGUUUCUGACCAUUGUGUUGUGGGGGAUUAAGGCUUAUUGAAUUAUUAAAAUGGAAGAUAAGAUUCAAGCAAUGCAGUCAUUUGUUAGUGUUAGGAACCUUGAGGAUUCCAACUGUUUUUCUUUGUUGGGUGUCACUCAAUUAGGAAAGUAAAAUAUAGGAUGUGAUGAUUCUCAAAGCAUGUUGAUAAUUUUUAUCAGUUAACUGAUGAGGGUGUUUAUCACCAUUUAUUUAUAUUGUAUUAGUAUAUUUGAGUUAUCUGCUCCAUUUGUCCGCGACAUGGGACAUGGAUUUGGACGGGUUUGAGUUUAAAUAAAAAAUGGUGUCUCCUUUGAGAGUUUAAAUUUAAA